CCGGCGUCUACCGGACGGACCCGGCUGGAGGAGCUGCUGGUCCACGGAGCCCGGCGGCGGGAGGAUUAGCGAAUAUUACAUAACACCUGGAAAACAACAGCGAACACGCUGCUAGCCGGAGAGACCCGGACCCGCGAGCCACCGGAGAAACCCAUGAGCCACCGGAGAGACCCGUGAACCACUGGAGAGACCCGGACCCGUGAGCCACCGGAGAAACCCGUGAGCCACCGGAGAGACCCGUGAACCACCGGAGAGACCCGGACCCGUGAGCCACCGGAGAGACCCGGACCCGUGAGCCACCGGAGAGACCCGGACCCGUGAGCCACCGGAGAGACCCGGACCCGUGAGCCACCGGGUGUCGCGGGGCUGUGCACAUCGGUGUAAACUCUUGGACACAUUGUAGCGCCGUGUGUCGGUGUGUCGGUGCGUCGGUGUGUCGUUUCCUCUUUUUUAAACAAAGUAGCGAGGAGCUGCAAGUUUAUCGUCACUUGUAGCAUUUGAGCUACAAACAAAAAGAAGAUAAGAAGAGCCAAGCAGGACGUCGCCUGAACUUCCGGUCUAACGCCGACACGCAGAGCUCCGACCGAGGGCCGAGAGGUCACCGGGACCGGUCGGCCCCUUUCCUCCUAUCCUCCCCCUCCUCCUCCUCCUCCCUUCAGUCCGUUAUGAAGAUGUGAACUCGUCCCUCCCUCUUCUUCCUCUGUCUCUCUCUGCCGUCCUGGAAGCUUUGAUCUUAUUUCUCUUCUCUCUUCCUCGUCUUCCCUCCCCUCCUCCCCCCCAAUUCAACGAGAUCAAAGGGCACCUCCCGCCUCUCUCUCUCUCUCUCUCUCUCUCGUGAGGGGGGGGGGGAUGUACGAAAGCGUGGAUGUUGUGGCGUUCAGCCCCAGCCUGAGCAGCCCCAGCCCCGGCUCGUUUCUGAGCAUGGACUACUACCACCGGCCCCCGGGGCUCGGGCCGGAGAAGGGCCUGCUGUCCGGCGGCGGCGGGGGCCUCCAGCGGCCGUUCGGCGGGUCGCUGGUCACCGGCAGACACUGGAGCGGAUCCAGCCACUCCAUCGAGACGGAGAGCACGAGUUCCGGAGAGGACCUCCUGGUGCCCGGCCCCGCCUCCCCUCCCCCGCCGCCGCGCAUCUACAAGCCGUGCUUCGUGUGCCAGGACAAGUCCUCCGGGUACCACUACGGGGUCAGCGCCUGUGAGGGCUGCAAGGGCUUCUUCCGGAGGAGCAUCCAGAAGAACAUGGUGUACACGUGUCACCGAGACAAAGUGUGUGUUAUAAACAAGGUGACGAGGAACCGGUGCCAGUGCUGCCGGCUGCAGAAAUGCCUCGAGGUCGGCAUGUCCAAGGAGUUGGUGAGAAACGACCGGAUGAAGAAGAAGAAGGAGGAGAAGAGGCAGGGGGAGGCGGAGGUCUACGUCCUGUCGGCCGACACAGAGCAGAUGAUCGAGCGAGUCCGCCGAGCGCACCUGGGCACCUUCCCCUCCCUCGGCCAGCUGGGGAAGUACACCACGAGCAACAGCUCGGAGCACCGCGUCUCUCUGGACGUCAGCCUGUGGGACAAGUUCAGCGAGCUGUCCACCAAGUGCAUCAUCAAGACGGUGGAGUUCGCCAAGCAGCUGCCCGGCUUCACCACGCUGACCAUCGCCGACCAGAUCACGCUGCUCAAAUCCGCCUGCCUCGACAUCCUGAUUCUGAAGAUCUGCACCCGCUACACGCCGGACAAGGACACCAUGACCUUCUCCGACGGGCUGACCCUGAACCGCACACAGAUGCACAACGCCGGCUUCGGGCCGCUCACCGACCUGGUGUUCUCCUUCGCCAACCAGCUGCUGCCGCUGGAGAUGGACGACGCCGAGACGGGCCUGCUCAGUGCCAUCUGCCUGCUGUGUGGAGACCGUCAGGAUCUGGAGGAGUCGGACAAGGUGGAUGUUCUUCAGGAGCCGAUGCUUGAAGCCCUGAAGGUUUGAAAAUAAAGUUAUUAUCA